GGCGAACAGAUAAUGUUGAAAUCUGAUCCUCACUUCUUUGGAUGUUCUCAAAUUGUUAUGUCUGUUUAAUAGGUGUCUACCAACAAUUCCAAUCCACAAGGCACAAGCCACUUCAUUGUUACUUUGCUUGAUGUGUGGUAUCACUUUUCAUGGGCAGAAUUGAUUUUUCAUGCUUCAGUGCUUGCUGCAUUAUAUUACUUUUCUAGAAAUCGUUAUGUGGAGCAUUGUUAAUUGUGAUAGAAUACUGUAUUUAGGUUCCUAUAUCAACUGCAACUUAUUUUGUUCUGAGUUAUUGUGCCUCGGGUAAAUCUGGCAGUGAGAACACAAUCCAAAUCAAUUUUCGGAAGGAUGUCUAAUCAAUCUGCAAACUGCUUUGAUCAAGAUGGAAAGAUAAUGCUGUCAGCAUCUUGUAUUAAACCUUAUCUUUAUUAUGUAUUCAUGUACCCACCAUAUUUCUGUAUUGGACUUGUCAUAAAUUGGACCCUGAGCUCAUUAAAGCAACAUUCAGCGUUACAGGUUUAAUGAUAAACUCUUUCUAGUUGAUCUCCUUUUUUUUCUGGAUUAACAAGGGUAUACAGCAUUCUCUGUGUGCUCGCCCAUAAUUUAUUGACUCCAGAUGACUUUGAUGACUGUGAACAUCAUUGGAUUUUUAAAACUGCUUUGAUAUUUCUUUGCUGUUUGUUUCGUGGAUAUUUUUUUCUUCAAAAAGAGAAACUUUUCUGGUGUAAACUAAUGCAAUCCACCGUUGCCUAAUUUGGAAGUAAUACAGUAUUACUCAAAAUGUCUGUAGCAGUAGAACUUCAAGAACUGUUGUUUUCAAUAUCAAAAACACAGGAAGAGGCAUUAAAUCAACCCAAGGGCUGGGCAUCGGACUCAGAAGACGAAAGGGACCUUACUAAAAGUUUGAGCAGAACCUCUGGGUAUUUAGACCAGGGUCCUGAGUUUGAGAUGACGGAGGUGGCGAGUAAUGUCACCUCUCUGUCCCAGCCCAGAGAACCGGGCUGGGAUCUAGAUACACUCGGGGAUGAUAGAGAAAUCAAGAGUGGCCUUUCAAGCAGACAACCUUCAUCUAUAAGGAAACAGGAACUACAAAGCAGACAGUCAACAGAUGCGUCCAUUAAACCAACACCACCUGGAACACCCAAGAGCUUAGAUCCCCCAAAGCCAAAGAACAUUAAUAAAGUGACAGAAGAUGACACUUCUCGGAACAAGACUGGCACUCCUAAGAAAGCAAUGAGGACCAAGUCCAACUUAGAACCGGUCCAUGAGGUACCGUUUGAGGAGAAAAUUCCCCUGGAAGAAGAGGAGCGAUGGAGUAAAGUUCCCCAGGAGCAGCUUCCAUCAGCUUUCAAGCAAUAUCGGAAAGAAGCCCUGUUCAUAGUCCAAGGGCUGCAGGAAAAGAUCAAAACCAACCAAGAAGACAACCACAAGAAAAUCAGGCAACUCCGUAAUCACAUCCAAGUCAAGGAAGAGAAAUGGGACAAGGAGCGAAACACCCUUGUUCACCAAGUGGAUGCAGCACGAGAAGCAGAGAGGGAGGCUGAGAAGGAAGCAGAUAAUGCAGUUGCCCAGCUAGAAAGCUUUGUUAAAGAACAUGAAGAAACAACCAAGAAUGCCAUCAAACAGGAGCAGAAAGCCCUGAAGACUCUCACACCUGAACAGAGAGCUAAGUACCUUGGUGAAUUCAACCCAAUGGAAAUGGUAAAACCCAUCAAAGAAGAGAAGCCUGAAGAGGUUGAAAAGGAAGAGGAAGGAAAGAAGGAGGAAUCUGAACUCCAUGGAGAAAAAGAUGAAAUUGAAAAAGAAAACAAUGUUAUUGAAGAGGAGACUGAGGUAAAAGAACAAAAGGAAGAAGAAAAGUUUGAACAAGAUAAGAAAGACAAGGAGGAUGAGGCUCCAGAAAUGGCGGAUCAAAAUACUCAGAUGGACCCAUUGAUCAUGGUAGAACAAGAACAGCAGACAUCUAGGAUUCAGUCGCGUUUGGAUGGGGAGGAUGAGUUAGACCGCCCUCUAUCUGCAAGCAGUCACCACAGCCAACAAUCUCUUUAUGAGAAGUUCCGUGCCCAGCUUGAACAACGUAAACAGGAGAUAGUGGAACGAAGGUCACGGGCCACGUCCAUGCAUGGCUCACUGCUCAGCGCUAAAAGUGGCAGCUAUAGGGAUCAAGCCCCUAGUAGGGACUCAUCGGCUGUGUUGACACCCCAAGGGGAUAUACAGUUCCCUGAUGAAGAGUACGAAGACCCAGGUGAGGUUCUAAAAUCUUCAGCUGAAAGCUCCACCCGUCCCCACCCUCACCGUGAGCAGCCGAGUGCUGCUAUAAGCCAUCAGGACCAGAUGAGCCAAGCAAGGUUGAGUACAGCAGGGUAUCAGGGGCGUGUCAGCUCACACCUCAUCAGCAGGGCGCCCUCUGUGUCUGAAAGUGGUGUCUCCAUGCUGGAGACGGAUGAAGAAGGGGGUUACACUGCGGACGAGGAAGAAGCAGUGGGUGAAGCAUUGCCUAGAUUCAUAGCGACGGCCACAAGCGCCAAACUCUUUGAUGUUGAUAAGCUGGAUAUGGCUACUUCUCCCGUUGCAUAUUCAACAGUCAGCAAAUCUUCAAGGCAAUCCAUAGAGUCAAUAGCUGAUCAUCCAGUUGUACAGGAUUACCUUAAAACGUAUCAACAUAUCACAGACUUCAAGGAAAACGUCAUUAAACUUGUCUAUGACAAAGAAUUUGGAGCUGCAUUAGAACAGUUAGCUGAAAUCAAGACACUGCAGUUUGACCGGGAUAGCAAUGUUCAAAGUCAAGUCUCACACAUGACAUAUAAUGUAGAAACUUUUCUCAAAGAGAUCAUCUCUGUCUUUGGAACAGUCAUGACAACACCUGAACCAGAAGCAGCAAUAUCAUCUUUAAUGGUAUCUAGAGCAGAUACUGGCAAGUCAAGAAUGGGAGGUCUCGGGUUCCAACUGCAGUCAGCAGCUGAAGCUAUACAAGAAGGUGUCCAGGAAGGUCUUGAUAGGGAAAUGACCGAUAUGACCUUUCAAUCCAGUGAGAGAAUCAAGGGGAUACAAGAAAAUUAUGAUAGACUGAAACAAGAGGCAAGUAAACAGCAGAUGGACUAUGAAGACAAACUCAAUAACAACACCGUGAUGAUGAUGGAGAUGCAGAACACUAUACAGGAUCUGCAGCAGGAACUUCAAGCUUUAGGAGGAAGCAAAGCGAUGUCUUCACCAUCCAGGGUCUCCACAGCAACAGCUAACAGAGAUCUCCAGGUGGAGCCUACCAUUAUAUUCUCCAGGUCAGAUUCGGAGAGGAAUCAGAGAGCACUUAAGAGGGGGAUCAGUGCACAGAAGGUGUCAGCAGAGCAGUAUAAUGAAGCAGUAAGAGCAAUGGAACAGUACACCGUUCUGCCUGCAAAGAGGCUUGUUCAUAUUGUUCGGAAAUACUCACAUCAUACAGAGAUGAAAAAAAUUGAAGAUGAUGUAAGACAUAGCAACUCAAUAGAUCAAGAAGUCUACACACUCUUAGAGAGGAUGGAAACGCUCCAAAGCAAGAGAGCACAGAGAUGGGGUGAAGAGAUGGAUAAUUUGACAGCAGAAAGAAAUCGUUUGGCUCAUCUUCUCAUGGACACUUUAACUCAUCUAGAACAAGAGUCUGGUAUCUUCAUGAUCAAACCUAUACUAUCAUGGAAGGGAAGAGGAUUCCAGCCCCAUUAUCAAAGCAAACUGUCCAGCUAUCAACCACCCAAGCGUUUAUUAAGACCCAUAACACCAGAGGAAAGGAAAGGAACCCCGUUUACAGUUGUUCCUGCUCCUACCCCUGCCAACCAAGGAACCAAGGCAGGCUACAGACCAGGCACAAGAACUUCAUCUGGUACCCCAGGAGGAGGCGAUGCCCAUCGUCUAUACACCCCCUCAGGCCAUAUCCCCAAUGGAGGGGCAUCCCUCAAAGGGUCUGCUGUACAGAUGGUAGGGGAGGUUCCCCAACCCAUGUGGUCCAUGAACACCUCAAUACCUACCCAAGGAGGAGAAGGGACAGGCACUGUAGGGGGAGGACUAACAGGGAGGUUAAACUUCAUGACCACACCCCGUCUCCUUGAGCUUGACGUGAACAGACUCCUGAUUGGUCAAAACAUUGUUUCAGCUGCAACCAAAGCUCUGCUAAGCAAUGAUCGUCUGGUGAAUGCAGCCAAUAGCAGUGUUAGAUCGUAUGUGACAAUAGCAAGACCGUCUACACAUCCUCCUGUGCCGAAUCUUCGACCAUCAAGGCCCAACUCCUCAAGUGAGGCAGAAAAGGGCCAGACCACACCCAGAUCACCACCUCCUCAGACAUCAUCUAGUGCAGGUCCCCAUGGAAGGUCAAGAAGUGAGGGCGCUCUUCAAAUGAGUCAGCCCCUCCCACCCAUCAAAGUCCCAUCUAAUAAUAAUGAGGAAGAUGAUAACAGGACUGGCAAAGACACUGGUGGAUCUGGCUACCAGGUGCAAGGAGUGUCCUGGGACCUUAGAUCGGAUUAAAGGAAAAGGUGCUGGAGAGGGAAGGGACGGGAUCAACGGAUCACUUACAACAGAAUCCAAGACACAAAUAUAACGCUGGUUAUUUUCCUAAUUGUUAAAUUACGUUGUAGAUAUGUAUCUCUCUUUCUAUGUUAUCAUCAUUCAACAGGAAACAAAACUUUUUUACAAGUUGUCAACUAAUACCAACAAAUACAUUAAAAAAACAUCCACCUUAUAUCAGAGAAAAGCAAAUUAAUAUUUCCAUACUAAAAUUCCUGCUUAUUAGUGGACAACUUGAACAAAGUACCUGUGUUUGUAUGUAAAUCAAUUUUAGUUAAGUAUUAUUGACAGAAAUCAAUUUGCAGUUUGAAAAUAAAUCAAUAUGCUUUUAGCUGUAAUUGCUUUUGUUAUUAGAGUGUAUUGCUAUUGUCUUCUGAGCUGCCAAGUUUAAAGUCAUCCCCUUUUUUCUUUCUCUACUGACAUACGUUUAUGUAAAGGUAGUAUUUCAUGAAACAGCAUCCAAUAUGCUGGGAAUGUUAUGAUGAUCAAUUAAAUCAAAGUGGAGAUCAUCAUUAAAUAUAAUUUCUAAUCGGUUAUAAUCUGGUUAUUACAAAUAACAGUUUGUAUGUUGUUUGAAGCAAUUUACAAGUGCUCUUGAACGAAUCUUAGACACAUUUUGCAGGCAACUUGCCCAUAGAACUUAUGUAGUUAUUUAAACUUUGAAUGUUGAAAAAACAAACAUUUUUUAAUGAUUGGUUGCAUUUACUAUGGCUGGUGCAAUCAUUCAUACCCCCCCUUAUAAUAUAUUGUAACAUUUGUGUCACAGGGCCCUGAUUACAAUCCUGUGUUAUAUUCUCUCAUUUCAUAUCUACCAUAGAUAUUGACUUCCUUUUAGGGUGUGUCACAAAGUGUUUUAUCAAAAGUUCUCUCUGGUAAAUUUUAUCAGCCAAUCAGAUGCAAUGAAAGUAGCUUAUUAAUUGUACAUUUGAAUUAAAACCACUAGUGUACUUAAUGGAAUGCCCCUCCCCCCCUGGACAGAUGGGCCCAUUUCAUAAAGGUACAGCGUCAGCGUCAAUUCCCAAAGCGUCAAAUUCUCACUUGCAGCGUCAAAUUUGAUAUUUGACGCUGCAGCGUAGUUCAUAAAAAGUUGACGCUCCUAGCGUCAACUUUUUACUGGAGCGUCAAAUAGGGUUAAAAUUUUGAUGCUGGUCAUGGGGGAGCGUCAAGUUGAUAUUGUACAGGGUUUUUCAAUGUCAAGUUCAUUGUUAAGAAUGGCGUACUUUGUGCUCAUGCAUGCCCAAAUGGCUCUUAGAAGAGAACGGAUAUUUAGAGCAAUGUCUGUGAUAAUAAUGCUAAUAAAGAAUAUAUUAAGG